AUGGAUCGCUGUUUAGACAAGAUUGUUCCCGAAUCCUUCCCUUGGGAUCACGUUGACGAGGGCCCGGAUGACUCAGUAUCACACACCAAAACAUCUUUGAUUGGUCCUUCACUCACAAUUCCUAUUACAAAUGGUCGUUUAGCUCUUGGAACUUGGCAGGGGAUAUAUCUCACUGAGUUCAGACAUUUGGCUCACAGUAGGAAAAUCUGCUGUACAAUUAUACCGUAG